AUGAACACGCUACAUUUCUACACGAAACGCAUUUUCGCGUUGAUUUGUUUAUUCUUCUUCGGAUUCCUAAUAUUGAUCGCGUCCCGAGGGCCCACGGAGUCGUUGGAUGCCGAGUUUAGCAGUAAAGGUAGGGUUUUGUUUAUUCUGCCAACAGAUAAAGCACGCUUUUUACAAUAAAACCUAAUCACUAUAACCCUUUUGACGUAUUCAUGAAACGAUUAAAUUACAACAUAAAUUCCAAUUAAAGACCGAAUAUAGUCUAAUAUGUUACCUAAAAUCUGUUGUUUUUGCCGAUUAAUAUAUGGCAGUCUGCGCAAAGCUGGGCGCAAGGCGGAAAAUGAAAAAUUAUUGUUUAUGGACAAAAUUUUGUUCUGUUUAUAAAAUUUGACAAUAAAAGUUUUAAAAUUAGGCUUAUUUUUCCAAUUUUAGAAUGGGUGAAUCAAAAGAAGAACCAGAAAUACGAAAAACAUCCAAAAUACAUUGGACGGAUGGCAAAACGGCCAGGAGAACAACUAGAAUUCCAACCACAGCCAGCUCCAGCAGCCGGAAUCGGUCUCAUUCCUUACAGUGACACAGGUUAGUUUAUUUUCUUUCUGAUGUUAAAAAUUUUGCUUUUUUUAAGUUUUUUAAAACAAUUUUUGGGCUGUUGGUCAUGAACAAGAUAAACCUCGUUAUAACCUUCAAAUUCUUUAGAUGUAGCUAGAAACAUAGACGAGGAGAUGAUACGAAGAUUCAACGUUCAUCUCGGCGGUAUUGACUUGAAGAAGCUGGCAGUAAAAGCUUGUGGAAAGAAUAUAACACUAGCCAAAUAUUGGGGUGAUACUCAAGGCCGAGAAGUGCCAGAACGGGAUAACUGGGAGAAGUUUUAUGCUAGCAUUGGAACAUGUGAUCUAUAUAGGGAUGAGGUUCAAGUUCAGGACUUGUUGGACGAUUUGAAUCGUAUGCCUUUGAAACAUGUUGCUAUAAUGGAAGGCGGUACUCAGGUAAGGGUAAUAUUGGAUUCUUGAUAAACAUUUGGUUUAUUUUUGAAUUGGUAGAAUAUUUAAGGUAUAGAGAAGCAUUUUCUUAACUUUGUCAGUGCUUUAGUUUUAAAAAUUUGCAAAAUUUGUUUUUUUUGCGAGUGACUCAUAAUUGUUGAGUAAUCUAAAGUAAUAUAGAGGAAAAGCGAGCAAGUUUGACUGGUUUUGUCAGCAUAAUGUCAUUUUUGAUGGUAUAAUUAUGUUUUUGUCUAUAAUAACAUUAUAUUUUGAUAGGAUUGCACUUAAAAAUCAAUUAAACGAUAAACUUUCAAAAGCUGAAUAUAGUUUUGAAUAAGAAAACUAAUUAUAAACGGUUAGAACGUGUAAAAUAUUUCAAGGUUUUAUUUUUAGUUCUUUUGACUUAUUAUCUUGAACAGUAAACAACGUUUUACUUUCAGACCAAACUCAUCUUCACCUUUGAAAACGAGAAACAAGCCGUAUUCAAGCCGAUGCGUUUUGGUCGAGACUACGAAACCGACCCAAAUCACUUUUACUUUGGGGAUUUUGAACGACAUACUGCCGAGAUUGCUACGUUCCAUUUGGACAAGAUUCUGGGCUUUAGAAGGGCUGUACCUACAGCUGGUCGUGUGGUUAAUAUGACUAGUGAGUUGUUGGAGAAGGCCGAGAAGAAACUGAAGAAGACGUUCUUUAUAUCACCGGCCAAGAAUCAUUGUUUUGUGGGGAAAUGUGAUUACUAUUGUGAUACUACGCAUGCUGUUUGUGGAGAUCCUGACUUGAAGGAGGGGUCGGUUCAAAUGUUCUUGCCUGAUGAUACUAGUGUACCGAGGAAGCACAAUAAGUCACCUUAUAGGAGGUAUGGAGCUAAAAUGUUUAUUAGAGAUGGAACUUUUAAAAACAGCAUUUGAAAAACUUAAAAAUCUAUUUUUUGAAAUUUUUGAUAUUUAAAACAGAAUAUCUUUAAUAUGCUAUAACAAUAUAAUUCUUAAUAAUUUUACUAUUGCAGGACGUACUCAAAAAAGGCACAGCUAGCUCAAUGGCAGACUGAUAUGAGUUACUGUAACGCGAAAGUGAAGACGAAACCACCGUAUGCUCAUGGCCGAAGUCUUCUGGAUCUUGUGGAUCUACAUAUCUUGGAUUAUCUAAUUGGCAAUCAAGAUCGUCAUCAUUAUGAGACCUUCAACGUUUUCGAUGACAUUCCACCUUAUGCCAUGCAUUUGGACAACGGAAGAGCGUGAGUUUAAAAUUUUAAAUAUUGUAAUGAAUAAUAUUGCAGUUAUUUACAAAGUUAUUUUUCGAGGAUUUGAUUACCGUAUAUUGUUUGAGUGGGUCAAAAUGGCAAUUUUGUUACCUAAAGAUUUUAUUUUCUAGUCUAAAUUUACACAAAAUGACUAUUUUAAGCAUCAGAAUAUGACAUUGUAAAGUACUUUAUUAAAACUGCAAUUAUUGCUUUAGAUUUGGAAAGACCAAGUUUGAUGACGAUGACAUUCUAAUGCCAUUACGACAAUGUUGCGUGAUCAGACCUGGCACGUUGGCUACUUUGCUCAACUUUUACAAAGGACCAAAGUCAUUGACCGAGGCUUUCCAUGAGUAAGUUCAUAAUGUUGUCUACCAUAAUAUACUUGGAGAGCUUUACUACAGUGAGAUUUGUAUUUUAUUUUAAAGUUAUAGUAGUAAUGCUAUCUUUAGUUACUUUGAUGAAAUUGGAGUAGAAAAGUUUGUCUUUGUCAACUCUUUUGUUUAGAUCUCUCUCAAAAGACCCAAUAGCACCAGUCCUAGCCUACAAACACUACCCAGCGAUUGAGAGACGACUUGAAAAGAUCUUACAGUACACUUUGACCUGCUUGGAUGAACAAAACGCAGAGAAUGUUAUCAUGAACGAGUAUCACAAUCCGAAAGUAUUCGAAUUCCCGGUGCCAAAACGAGAAGAAGACGACGAUGAGACAGCGCCAGAACAGAAUCAGAAUCCAGCAGAAGAGCCGGCUGGCUUGGUGAUUCCAAAGCCAGUUGAGGGGAUUCAGAAGCCGGCUGAAAAUGUAAAUCAAGCUGCGAAUCCGAACGGUCAUAGGAUGGAGGAAUCUGCUUGA